AUGGAUUCCCAAGGUAGUCUCUCCUCAGUGAAUACACUCUCAGAGGCAAAUGACAUCAAAUUGGACGGACAAGUGUUCAGCUCUACGACUGUCUACAAAGGUAAUGUGGUGGCUCUCAAGUUCCUGCCCUAUCACCGAAUUGACCUCACGAAAGAUUUACUUAUGGAAGUGAGCCGAGUGAAGAAUUUGAACUACGAUCACAUCUGCCACUUUGUGGGAGCUUGUACAGAGCCUCAGCAUCUCUGUCUAGUUUACGAGUACUGUCCAAAAGGAAGCCUACGAGAUGUCCUUGAAGAUGAGCAAAUCAAGCUCGACUGGAUGUUCAAGGUCUCACUGAUGCAGGAUAUCUGUCGAGGCAUGAUCUACCUGCAUCACAACUACGGACCCCAUGGCAAAUUGAAAAGUCCUAAUUGCAUGGUGGAUUCUCGAUUCUCCCUCAAAAUCACAGACUUUGGUCUGCAUCAACUUCGUGGUCCCCCACCCCCACCCACCGACAGGAAGUCCUACUUCAAAAAUCAACUCUGGUCUGCUCCAGAGUUACUUCGAAAAUAUCCCAACCAUGGUGAGCUCCUGGGCACAGUGAAAGGCGAUGUCUACAGUUUCGCCAUCAUUUGUCAAGAGAUUAUCUAUCGAAAGGGUGUCUUCUACCGACCUGAUAUCUCUGAUAUUGAGACAAUCGUGGAACGCGUGAAAUCCAAUCCUCCUUUCCGUCCACUGCUUGAAGUAUCGUCGCAAGAGGGUCAAGGAUGCAAUGCUGAUCUCGUGUCACUUGUUCAGAAUGCCUGGGCUGAGGACCCCUCACUUCGACCCGAAUUCACGACCAUCAAAAUGGCUAUCCGCAAAUUCAACGAGAGUGGAGAUACAGGGAAUCUACUCGACAACUUGCUUUCCCGUAUGGAACAAUACGCCAAUAACUUGGAGGAUCUUGUGGCGGAACGUACUGAACAAUAUCUCACUGAGAAGAAGAGAGUGGAAGAUCUGCUCUAUUCCAUUCUGCCAAAGUGA